AUGGAAGAUUUGUUUGAUGAAAUUCCCGCUUUGGAAGAGUUAAUUCCGAAGAUUGUAAAGUUUCAGGCUUUGUGGAAAGGUUUCCAUGUAAGGAAUCAAUUCAGAUCUUUGAAUGCCAGUUAUAAAAAGAUAUUUGAAGAAAUCGAAGAAAAACAUUUUUCAGAAAAGUUUCUCUCUGACAAAUUGCAAAAUAAAUUGAAGACUUUUGAUCAUUUUCGUAAGAAAAAUAACGAAAACCUCAAUAAAACUUCAAAAAUUGUAACCUCCAAUGGUACAAGUGAAUCAAACUCUACGGAGACCAUUGUAAAAAAUCCUCCUGACGUUAGUGACAUGAAACAGAAACUCGUACACGAUUUCCUAUGGGUCCAACAGGCCAUAAGGGAAAGAAAAAUGUUUCUAAAGAAUCUAAACUAA